UUGCGAAUUUCCCGGUUGGCAUCCUAGUCUGACUCUGACACUACACGGACCCCCGCUCCAUUUACACGCGCGGACAGGAUAGGAUUCGUCUCCCUCCGCUUUCGCCAUGGCCAUCGCCGCCUCCCUCCUGCCGGCCUCUGCCGUACGUCCCGUUCCCCGAGCACCCGCCCCGCUCCCGCAGAUUCGCCUCGUACCCGUCCCGCUGGCCCCAGCGCGCAAGGACGACCCUCGCGGAUGCAGCGGCGUCGGCGCCAGCGUCAGCAACCGCCGCGCACCAACCGUUCGACGGAACGCCGCCGAGACGACGGCCUACGUCCCGGGCUCCGGAAAAUACAUCGCGCCGGACUACCUCGUGAAGAAGGUGACGGCCAAGGAGGUGGAGGAGCUGGUGAGGGGUGAGAGGAAGGUGCCGCUCAUCGUCGACUUCUACGCGACGUGGUGCGGGCCCUGCGUUCAAAUGGCUCAGGACAUAGAGAUGCUUGCAGUUGAAUACGAGGACAACGUCCUAUUUGUGAAGGUGGACACAGAUGAUGAAUAUGAAUUUGCAAGAGACAUGCAGGUAAGAGGACUUCCGACGUUGUAUUUCUUCAGUCCAGAUCAAAGCAAAGACGCCAUACGCACGGAGGGGCUAAUUCCUAUUGAUAUGAUCAGAAACAUUAUCGAUAACGAGCUGUGACUGUCUGCUAGGCUUCUAGGCAAAUAGUGCGUGCUGUGUUUGCUGUACCUGCUGAAAUUUUGGCUCUAGACUAGUUGCUGUGCUGAGUUCGAGUUUUGUAUUGCUCCAAUGAUAGGGUUUCCUGUGUGCAAAAUCUGCAGUUUUAGCAUGUUAGCGUGUAGCUUGGGAUUGGUACUUUGAGACUCACGCCUAAGUUACUCUUGUUGUUGCAUUA